CGGUCACACUGCGCCAAACAAAUCAAAAGCCGGCAAAGUUGUGCGAAAACUAACAAACGAAUUUGAAAGCCCUUUUUCCGUAUUAAAAGAUGUAAAGAACAAUGCGCGGCAUUCGCAAGUGUGUUCACUGUGGUGCCAUCAACGGAAACCGGGCGCUGAUCUGCAAGAACGCCGCCUGUCCGCAGCGCAGGAAUGUCCUGGACGCCGUGCAGCUGGUGUCGCUGCGACCAGGCUCCACUGUAUACUCGCUGCGGACCAAGGAGAAGGAGCAGCAGCCGCGCAACUUUGUGGUCAUCCAGGACGUCACCCUGUCGCUGCAGCCGGAUGCUGCAGUGGUGUCCAGCAAGGCCGAGUGCUUCGUGGAGUCGUGCCAGAAAACGGGUGGCCAACCGGCGGACUGCGUCCAUGUGAAGGCUUGCCGGGAGCUGGGCACCGAGUUCGCCAAGGCGCAGGUGUAUCGGGUGUCCCGCGAGGUGCUGUGGAACCUGAACAUCAGCCUGGAGCAGAAGCAGCACCUCUGGCAGCUGUACAAGUACGCCGAGGAGGAGGAGCACCUGCCUGGCGUGCAGCGUUUGAAUCACUCCACGUUCGCCGUCAAGUGCGAACGCUCCGAAUCCUUUCCAGCUGCUCGACUGCACGUCACCGUGUUGGCCAAUGGUUUGUCCAAGAAGAAGAGCAGCUACGCCUGCGCCUGCCGCAAACUGAAGAUCAUUGUGGAGACGGAUAACUCGCUGGUGAUGCAGGACGAGAUCUGCGAUCAUCUGCUGCUCGUGCUGGCUGCGAUACUCAGUUCGCCGCAGGGAAAACGGGUCUAUGGCCACUUCACCAGUGGCUUGCAGAACUUCUGGAUGCCCUCGCAGCUGGAAACUCCGCUGGGCGACGUGGCCACCGAGGACUUGAGGCUCAGCCUGGACAUGGUGGAUGAGUUCGACCCGCAGGUGGACAUACUUGUGUUCGGCGAUCAACUAGAUCUUCCCUUGCCGAAUCUCUCCGAUGGCGUCUUUAACCUGGACAACAUGCAGGCCGCCACUUCUGCUCACAGCACCUCGAGCACCAACGAUGCCUUGAUUCACUAUGCCAACGACUCGCAGCUCCUGUCCAAUUGCGAUGUUUAUGCAGAGCCCAUUGAGCUAACCGACUGCAAUAUUGAGCUGAUGGAUCAGUUUCAGCCCACCGAUCAGCUGGAUAUAUGCAGCGAGGAUAUAGAGCUGCCCUUGAUUAGCGAACCCUACAAUAUCCUAGCUGCUCCGCCCAUUUUCACCGAAGCCACGCCCUCUGUCGUCGCCGAUCAGUUGCCCAUUGAACUGGCCACCAUAUCGGUGGUAAAGAAGACGCCGGUCAAGUUCUCGGAAAUAGUGACGGAAGUAAAGUCCCUGAAGCAGCCCUCUCUGCCGGCCAAAAGGGAUUUAAUAGUGAACAAUACGGCAUCAGCGUCAUCCGUUUGCUUAGACGCUUCCGUUCAGCCGGCCUUGUCCUACUCGUCAUGGCUGGAUCAUGUGAUCGAGCUGCUAAACGAGAGUUGCGAGCCAUUGGACACUCCAAGCGCUACUAUUACCAAGCGCUCGGUUCAUCAAAACUUCCAUGUACACAAGGAAACCUUUUCGCAGUUUUGCAAGAGCUUCAGCACUGGAAUCAAACGACGGCCAUUGGACAAGCUAACUGUGAUAGAAUCGGGCAAACAUAAAGGCCUCAGCAAGUACACCUGGCACUUUGCGAGUCCGCACACCGCGAAGCGCAUCUUCAGCACUUCCAACAUACAGCUGCAGUUGGACCGCGCCUUCGAGCGGCAUGCAGAUGGCCAUUUCGUUCCCUACGUGCGUCCACGCAUUGAGCCACAGGCGCCGGGUCAGCCGAAAAAGCGAGUAGUCUACCCGAGACUCCGCCUGCACAUGGUUAAGAUAGUCUUCGAAGCGGCUCCAAAGGACUUUGUCGGGAAUGGAGUCCUGCUGAGCUGGACCCCGGAUGUUUUGCCCCGCAGCCACUUUGGGCUGAUGCGCGUGGAGUUCACCGUGGAGACACGAUCGCCCAGCUAGGAUGAAGCAUUUGUUACCAUUGCCGGUGUCAGUAUGAGAAAUUUACAAGCCCUCCUAGCGUAUAAGUAGUCUUAGCCUAAGUCGGGUCUAGUGCCUAAGAAACAUAAUCUCACAAAAUUGGUCAUUAGUUGGUUAGUUGGUUAAUAUGUAGAGUCGCCUAUUUGGUAUCAGCUGACAAAUGAUUGGAUUGAUACGAUCAGAUUGAAGGGUGCUCUCCUCCCUUCCACCCGAAUCGAGCCCGAAUCUACGGGGUCUGCAUCCUCAAGUAGUCUGACUACAUGCGAUUGUGGGGUGGACACGGGAUGGAUGUUGGCGGGGAAGGGGGGAAACUGAAGGACCUUUGACAUUCGUUAAUUUACAUAAUCAGUAUACAUGCUUAUUCAAGUUAAAGUGUACAAAAAACCAGUCUUUAAAACAUGUUUGUUUAUCGUUUCUUAUGUUUCUUCAUUUCCACUAAUACUUUACAUAUAAAAUGUAAAAAUAUUUACUAAAUUACUUGCGCUCUACUCGCUUUGCUGUGGUGUGGGGAGAUAUACUUGCUAUCUGCCCGAUCUGGACAACUGCCAGACCAUUAGCCAUGGCAAUUCAGAGUGCUAGGUUUAAGCCUAAUUCGUAUCCACAUCCGGGGCUAACUUUAAGAACUGUACAGGUUAAUAUUACGCUGUUAGUCGGGUCUAUCAAAUAUGGGGAAACAUGGAAACGUUGUAACGUGGAAACACCCUGUGCAUCGAUAGAGGAAAACAAAACUUAAACUUGAGUUUUCAUUGGGAUUUUCUUUUAUCUCGCUUUUCACAUGUAUCGUAUAUUUUAAUAAUACUUUGCUUGCGACUACUUGCAGAUUUACACUUAGUUGUCGCCGUUGCUUACUUUACUUUUUUAUUUUUACAAUAUUAUUAGCUUAUUAGCUUAAUAGCUUUGCAGAGUGAUGGGUUUAAGUUUUCAGGCCACUUUUGACCACAUUUUUACAGUAUCUUUUAUCUGCCUAUCUGUUUUCCGGCCUUGGCUGUAUUUACAAAUUUUCGUGAUGCCUGGUGCUUUGUGCGGAAAUCGUGUGAUUUUUUUUAGCUUGAUUGGGAUUUACAGUGAUGUGUGGUGUAAAGUGCUCGGUAACUCGGCGUAUUGCCCACUAAAUUCGCAAUUAAUUUGUAGCUAGGUUUGCUUGAGUUUGUCUUUAUUUUGUAUUGAACUGCAUUUAAACUGGAACCAAUUGAUUAAAAGGCAAAAAGAAUAACAGAUACUAGGACGGACUGAAUCGAUUCGAAAUGCAAAAAGUUGCUCAGCUCAACUAAACUCUAGGUUAGUUAAUUCGGCAAUUCAACUAAUAAUCAUUACUUUAAUAGGAGCUUUUGGGGGGCUUAAAAAAUCAUGGCACAAGUGUGUGCAGCAUUAGCCUGCAUUUAACGUUAGUUAUAUGUAAUCAGCGUAUAUAAAUGAUUAGACAAAUAUGUUAUUAACUCUACUUGUUCAAUUUGUGCAUUUUGCUACGUUUCCACUUUAGAUUUGCGAUUAUUUUUUUUGUUCUUUACUGCUUUUACGGCUUCUGACUUUCUGUCGCUUCAUGUUUUUCCCUUGUGACUAAAUGUGGGUAAAGUAUGCUGUAUAAAAACCUAUGUUUACGAUAUAAAAAACUACACAAGACGAAAUAAUUUAAAUAGUUUUAGUAGGGGAAAACUAAUUGAGGGGAGGGGGGCAUAAGUUAUAAAGUUAAAGUAAAACAUGAGCUUACAGGGUGAACGAAUAAUUUAUGGACACAGCGCUAGACGCUCUGCACUCACUUAAACGACUUAAAGGUUAAUAAAUACAUCGCUAUGUACGUAGGUGUAAGGUUUAAAGUUAAGUAUUUAUAUUUAAACAUUUAUAAAAUGAUUUAAAUUCCCUCUCUGUAAA